AUGGGGAAUCUUUCUGUCGGAGCCUGGCGGUCACCCAGCUGUCGGAGCCUGGCGGUCACCCAGCUGUCGGAGCCUGGCGGUCACCCGGCUGUCGGAGCCUGGCGACCACCCAGCUGUCGGAGCCUGGCGGUCACCCAGCUGUCGGUGCCUGGCGGUCACCCACCUGCCGGAGCCUCGCGACCACCCACCUGCCGGAGCCUCGGGCGACCACCCACCUGCCGGAGCCUCGCGACCACCCACCUGCCGGAGCCUCGGGCGACCACCCACCUGCCGGAGCCUCGCGACCACCCACCUGCCGGAGCCUCGGGCGACCACCCACCUGCCGGAGCCUCGCGACCACCCACCUGCCGGAGCCUGGCGACCACCCACCUGCCGGAGCCUGGCGACCACCCACCUGCCGGAGCCUGGCGGCCACCCACCUGCCGGAGCCUGGCGACCACCCACCUGCCGGAGCCUGGCGGCCACCCACCUGCCGGAGCCUGGCGACCACCCACCUGCCGGAGCCUGGCGACCACCCACCUGCCGGAGCCUGGCGACCACCCACCUGCCGGAGCCUGGCGACCACCCACCUGCCGGAGCCUGGCGACCACCCACCUGCCGGAGCCUGGCGGCCACCCACCUGCCGGAGCCUGGCGGCCACCCACCUGCCGGAGCCUGGCGACCACCCACCUGCCGGAGCCUGGCGGCCACCCACCUGCCGGAGCCUGGCGGCCACCCACCUGCCGGAGCCUGGCGGCCACCCACCUGCCGGAGCCUGGCGACCACCCACCUGCCGGAGCCUCGGGCGACCACCCACCUGCCGGAGUAAAUGUGUAA